AUGCUUACUCUUCAGAUCUUCGCUUUUAUCCUCUCAUUCAGCGCAUUGGCAGCGUUCUCCAAGCCGACCACUGAAUCCAAACGCUCCACUGAUGAUCUUUCUAUAAUGGACGUCGUAACAACUCUGCACAGUCAGACAUCCUUGAUCAUACCUGAAAUCAAUUCUCUUGUCGCGAGCGGUGUUGCUACAAAAGAGUCAAUCUCCCCAUUAAUCUCUAGAGUCGUAGACAAUCUCAAUCAGGCCCACUCAUCAUUGGUGGCGAUAACUACGCCGGCCUCUACAGACACUGCGGCCGGCGUUGGCCAAGUUAUGGGCGCCGUUGUGUCGGAUAUAACCACAACGUUCACUAAUGCACAAACAGUAAUCCCUGACCUCGACGUUGUACUGCAACAGUUUGCUGUUGAUGAUGCAACCAAUCAAAUCCUGGUGUUUUUGGAUGACCUGCUCAACGAUGUUCUUAAUUUCGUCACACAAGUCCUGAUCCAUCUAGUAAAUUCCUUGAUCGAUCUGGGAUUUAAAGAAAUCCUGCAAAGCCUUGGGCUAUAA